AUGGGCCUUUCUUCACCUAUGAGGGAUUCUCCACUUAAGUCGAAUAUUGAGGCAACUGGGAAUGUUGAUGCAUCUGUGGAAACUUCUAAAGUAGACACACCCAUUAAACCAGUGCAUAUGUCUAAUAUGGACGCAAAUGUCAAUAUGGGUGAAGGAGUUUCAAAUACAUCUGGCCAAGAAGAUGAUGAUCAAAAUGGUGAUGAUGAUGAAUUUGAUGGUACCUUUGUCGAUAUUGAGUUUAAUACUGAGGAAGAGAACAUUCAAAAUAAUAUGUUUCUAACAGGGAAGGAGUUCAAAAUUUUGAAGAUAAAACUUAAUUCUUUGUUACCACCUCAAGUUGAUACAUGGAGAAAGCAUUAUGUGUCGAGCAUAGAAGUUGAUAUGUUGUUAAAGCGUCAAGAGCAUAGAUGUCAAGAUACAAUUGAUAAUGUUGAUCGUAAUAAUGAGAAGAGGGUGAAGCCACGGUCGGAUUUGUUUAGUUCUGAGUUGAGGAAUUUAAAGGAUGUUACAAAUGAGAGUAUUAUUCUAUUCAUUCAUGAUGUGAAGAACGUUCGAGAAGACGUGAAUCUGAAAAUUCAAGAACAUCAGGAGGAUACGGGAAAAGAAUCUCUUAAUCCAAAAGUCGAAAAGAUGGAUGAAGAUGAUCUUCAAAAAUUUGAGAAUAUUAAAAAGUUAUUGGUCGAAUUGAAAGGAUUGGAGCUAAAGUCAAGUUUUGUUUCAUCUUCGUUGAUUAUUCUUGAACUUCUUUUUGAGAAUUUUUCAUUACUGGAGUCGACUAUUCAGAAGGAAUUAUCUCCAAUUUCGAAGUUGAUCAAUAUGAUGCCAACAGACAGGGGUGCAAUGGGGAGAAAAAAGAAGCGUUGGCAGUGGGUUAAGAUUCAGAACUAG